AUGGCGGGUGUGGAGGUUCUGUGUGAAGCCGAGCGCUAUGGCGGAAAGAGGGUGAGCUCGGUGGUGGUACCUCCAUCCUCCCUCUCCCCUCCUCAUGUCCUCUCCCAGUUCCUCCAAGACGCCCUCGGCCUUCCCGGUCGGCCGUUGCUGGCACUUGCAUCCCUAUCAGGAGAGCCCCUCUCGGAUCAGGAGGUGCAGACGUCAGUACCCUCGUGCGCGCUGCUGCUCAUCGAUGGGAGCGUAGCAGAAUUUAGUGUAGAGAGGAAGAGAUCGAAUGUGCCUGUGAAAGGAUUCUUGGAUGAUCUCGCUACAUGCCAGUAUACCAUCCUGUUGGCCAUGUGCGAGCUGAUAGACAACAGCGUGCAAUCCACCAAGGGCAACAGUUCGAGCGAAGGCAGGACGAUAGAUAUCGACAUUGACGAGAUUGAUUCCAAGACGUUCACAAUAUUCGACAACGGGAUGGGUUUUACACUGGGUGACUCGGCAGACUUUGCUACAAUAGGAAAGAAGGGGAGGAUGAACAGUGUGGGGGAGGAGGUCGAACCUGGGACCCAGAAGGUCACAUCCUAUAGGUCAUACUUCACCUCCAACAUCUCAAGGUACGGGGUCGGUCUGAAGAUGGCGCUACACUUGCUGGGAGCCAAGUACUCCUUGAAGUCGAAGCAGAAGGCGAGCAAGGUUGUGCUCAGGUGCAGCUUUGACAAGAUCGGAGACGAUUAUGAGUACAUCGAAGAGUACGAGCCUUGCGAUCCUUCAGAGCAGUCUAGGAGCUACAGCCUGAUCCAGGUCCAGUUCUUCCGGGAGGGGUUGGCCGCCGCCUGCCAGGCGAAUCACCAUGACGAGUGGCCCACGAUUCUUGCGAGGAAUCUGAGGAGCAUCUACUACUGUUAUCUUGACAUACCAAACAUGCUGCAUGAAGAAGGAGAUGACAGAGGGAAGAAGGAACGUGGAACCGGUAACUUAGGUUCAGUCAAGAUCGCCAAGAUGAUUCAUCAAAGGCUUGAGAGUAGCACAUUCAACAAGAAGAAUGGGCAGAAACGGAAGAGCUCGAAUGGGAAACUGACUUAUCUUGAACUUGCCUCCGAGAAUCUUCGGCAGCAACUGGGGCACUACCUGUCGGCGAGCAAGAAAGCCAAGAACGAGAUCGUCGGUGUGGACUUGAACUUCUCUGUGAGAAUUUCCUUUAUGCCCAAUCACUUUGAGGAGGUGAUGAUGGUUUUGCAGGUCAAGAGCUACCAGAAAUGCAUGAUCUCACAAGAACCUUGCUUCUGGGACGAGGUGUUUGGUCCGGGUGCUCAAGAUUGCUUCCCCAUCUGGUUUGAAGUUGAAACUUGCGGGGCUGGAAGAUCGAUUGUUAUGGGAGCGAUCUUCUACUAUGGAGUGAAGGAAGACUCCACUGGAGAGAAUGUUCCGAGGUUGUUAGACCGUGCGUUCAAACCGCAACAAAACAAGCAAGCCAUCGAGCCGAACGGAGAUGUAUGGUUGAACCUAAGAAGGGCCAUGGGGGAUGAAAGAAUGUUCUCCCUGUACGACGACUGGCUGUUAGAGUGCCACAAGAAGUUUGAUUACGAGGUUGUGUUUGACUCAGAAGAUGCGGUCAUCGUGUACGACGAGCAAAGAGAGCAAUCCUGCCACAAGUCGAUCUUGCUGGCAGGAGUCAGAAUCAAGGCAGGUGACAAGGUUCAGUAUGCGAGGAAGGGAAAGGAUAUCUCGAAUGGACCGCUGGGAGAGAUAGUGGAGUUUUGGCAGGACGGGCAUUUCAAGCUGCAAGGGAAGGAGGGGAGCGUCAUGAUCCGUGAGAUGGAGCAGGGAGAGUGCUUGUCCGAUCCACAGGAGCUCCGUCUGAACCAGAUUAGCAUCAAGAAGGUCACUAUGACUCGAUGGAAGGAGGAGCUGACGAGGAUGAGGAGGAGUGUGAUCUGCGACAUCGUGUGGGAGAACCGGGAGGAGGAGGUGGAAGCAGGAAAGCUCAUGAAGGAUAUCUCUAUCCUCUGCCUGAAUUCCGAAGGAAAGCCUGUCUCUGUGAGCAGGAGCGGCAGGGGCGUCAAGGUUUCCCUCCUCGUGCAGUCUUCACACGGCCGGUCGUGGAGGUUUGAUGCUGAGACCAAGGAUGGGGAUGGGAGGACGGAGGGGUCGAGGAGGUUUAUCUUCGGCCCCUUGGUCGAAGGGGAGGAGAGCAUCCUGCAGCGAGCAGGAAAGUUUGACUUCACCUUCUUCCUCCUGAGGGCGAGGAGCAAGGCUGAAGAGACGCUGGAGGAGGUGACCAGCUGUCGGAACGAGGUGGAGGUGAGGGCUGGAGGCAUCAGGUCCAUGAGGCUGGUGGAGGAGGAGGUGGAAGGCUCUCGCGUGCAGAGGGGACGUCAAGUCCCAGAUUUCUCCUUCCUCCUCCUCGAUGGAUACGGGAACGAGGUACAGGACGCCGCUGCCGAGGGCUGUACCUUCGAGCAUGAGCUGCGAGGACCAGAAGAGGACGUACGGUCUUGUGACCGGUGCCGCAUCCUCUUCGAAGGAGGAAGGCUCGUCGUUGGCAACCUCGUCCUCCACGACAGGGCGUUGGGGAAGUGGAAGCUGGUGGUGCGGGUGGUGGAGGGAGGGAGGAGGCAGGCGGAGAGCUGCGUGACCCUUGAGCUGAUCCAUGGGGACCCUCAGGUGAUCGAGUUCAUCCCCAACCGGCUGGGUGCGAGCUUGCAAUCUUAUCAGAUGAGGGGGACGCGGGAGGAGAGCACGUGGAUGGUGUCGCUGCUCGACGACGCGGGCAACAUUUGCUCAACGUCGCAGGGGAGUGUCGUGCUCGUCAGCUCCUGCCUCGUGAAGCCGGUCAGAGCGCAGGCUGUCAACGGGCAUGCGAUCUUCAGUGAGCUGGAGCUGGAGCUGCUUCGAAAUCCUCUCUUCUCUGGGGGCGACGGAGGAGCGUCCUCGCAGCAGAGCUCAAAACAGGCGCACAAGAAGAAGAACUCCAAGAAGAAUCCCAAGAAGGACGCCGAGCUCAGCUUGACCUGCUUCCCUGGCCUUGGACUCCUGCUGGGAGAUGGGAGAGAUUUCUUCUGUGACAACGACAUGAUCUACUGCAAGACUCCGAGCUCUAACUCGUUCAAGCUUGCCAGACUGUUGGCAACUCGGCAAGACAAGGGAACCCCCUGCAUCAACAUCUGCGCGAUGGGAGAAGAGGGCGACAGGAUGGUGGAGAACAGCGUGGGCGAAGUCUUGGUUCAGUCGAGGGCUUUCCUCCUCAACAAGAAGUUGCAGGACUCGCUGCCCAGAGACUUCCUGUCUCCGAGCGUCUUCUUCACCUCGGAUGAAACCGUCGAGAGCUACCCCAGCAUCCCUCUCAACGUCUUCUUCCUCCAGCAAGUCGACCCUGCAGCCGAGGCUCGCACUCUGUCACCGGAUGCUGUCAAACUUUUCACGAGGGUCUCACUGAAGAUCCUCAACAGCCUCUCUCCUCAGUCCGUCAGGAUCGUCAACGGUGACAAGCUCGUCGCCCUCUCUGAUGACGUCGUGCUGCUCGUCAAGCCUGGGCAGCAGCUGGACAAGCUGAAGCUGCAGCUGGUGGACGAGGCCGGGGUGUUGUGUGAGCGGCUCCCUGCAAGCAAGGAGGAGGAGGCUCUGCUCGUGGUGGCAUGCAGCUGGGGUUCGGAUGUCACCGUUAAGCACGAAGAGUACAAGGGCGAGGUCGACCUGCCAUGCCUGCAAGCGCCAAGCUCCGAGCACGAGAGCGUCUUCCACGUCCGAUGCUCGCUGGAAGACCGGGAGUUGACAGCUUCCUUCAAGGUGGUGGUCGAGACGGGGGCCCCAGCCCAGCUGAGGGUGCAGCUGGAGGAUGAGGCGGUGAGGGUGGGAAGGGACUGCUCGCUAAAGUUGACGGUCCUGGAUGAGAGAGGAGCGAAGGUGGUGGGGUCAGACGACCAGCAGGUCACCCUCGACAAGUUCAACGUGUACGUGACGGACGAGAGCGGGAGGAGCUACCCUGUGCUAGUCAGGAAGGAAAACUAUGCUCAGGGCUCGCAGAUCUACACUCAGUUCAAGGAGAUGGAGGCCGAGCAGGACGAGGACGGGAGCUUCUGGCUGCGGUGCAUUCGGCUGAGGGGCAGGGCAGGGAGGGUCGACGUGCAUGUCGAGGCAGUGGUGGAGCUAGAGGAUGGAGAGGACUGCAAGCUCUUCAGCGUCAGGGGAGCCUGCGAGGCCCAGCUCGGGGCGGGCAAGGCAGAGCAGUACAUGCUGCAAGGCUCGAGCUGCGUCAGGAGGGUGUCAUCCCAGCUGGUCGGGACUCAGCUGACUCAGCUGGAGGGGGCAGUGAUGAGGGGGAAAGCCUUCUGUGCUCUAGAGCCUCUUAUCCUGGAGGUCGUCGACGAGAGCCACAACGUGGUGGCAGAGCACAAGAGCAAGGUUCUGCUCGACUUCAGCUCGUCCUCUCUCAGCCGAUUCUCAGUGGUGAGCUCCAAGAAACCCUCGGGCCUGUCGAACGACGCUGUCCUGCUGUUCGAGAGGCUCCCUUGCAACAGCUACCAGAUCGUCGGACUCACCUUCCUCGAGAAGGGCUCUCACUCCGCUGUGAUCCGCUCCUCUGGCCUCCCCGACCUCCCCCUCCGUUUCGACGUGGAGCCCGCAAACAUCGUGCGGGAGCUCAGCCUCUCGUUUCCCAGCUCGCCGUUGGGGGUCGGCGAGACGGCGCGAGGGCGCCUAGAGCUCAUGACGGAGGACGAGGAGGAGCUUGACUUGGACCUUUCGCACGCGAUCUCCAUCCUCUCCUCGGGGGGCCAGGAGCUCCCAGCUCGGGUGGUCAGCCGUGACGGACAAGCAGUGGAGGUGGAGGUGGAGAUGCCGACGCAGGCAGGGGCCUGCAUGCUGUACGCCGUCUACACGGAAGUUCGAGACUCUCUGCAGCCAAGGCCGGCAGAUGUCGAGUCCUCUCGGGUACGAGUAGAGCUCCUGCCCUCCUCCUUCUCGCGGCUUCAGUUCAUGGAGGAGGAGGAGCAGAACUCGAGCGUGAAGGCUGCGGAGGACGGCGGCCUCGUCCUGCCCGACCUUUGCGUCUGCGCUACGGACUCCUUCGGGAACCCUUGCAGGCUGGGAGAGAAAGUCUUGAAAGUAGCAGUGAAGCUGAAGAGCAGAGACGGGCUGGUGCUGGAGGGGGCGGGGCAGCUUGAGAUAUCCGAGCGUCAAAACCCUGUGAGGGUGAGGAACUUGCGUGUAGUCCCGAAGGUGCCCCGGGAGAUAGACUUCUGCGAGUUCAACCUUUGCUUCAGCGUGAAGAGAGACAGGAAGCGAGAGAGGGCGAGCCGCGGCGAGGAGGAGGAGGGGGAGAUCGCUCAGAUUGUGAAGACUUUCACCUACAGUAACGACAUCUCCAUAGUCGAGAAGAUCGAGGAGUGUGAGAGAAGGGAGCAGCUGCUCAAGUCCCGGCAGGCGGCCCUCCACAAGAGCAUCCAGGAGGGACAGGCGAGGAUCGCUGCGCGACGUUCGAAGUUCGCAGAGGAGGAGGAGGAGGAGGACGUGGACGUGAGCGAGAAGCUGACGAGCUCGCGGCAGAAGCUCAAGGGCCUGCUGGAGGACUGGGCAGGGGCCGAGCGCUCGUCCGCCGCUUUGCCCUCCAUGCACGACGUCAACGUGGAGGAGCUGGAGGGGGUGGUCGGGGUGGCCGCGGACCUGGGUGUCAUCGACAGGCUGCAGGGGGUCAGCUCGGAGCAGGGCCUGCUGUGUGCUGUGCUGUUCCGGAGGGAGGAGGAUCUCAACGCCUUCGACGCCCUCCCGCUGGAGGUGAAGGCGCGGGCCAAGGUCAGGAGGGUCUACUGCAGCACGAGGAUGAUGGACCCCCCACGGCCGAAGCGUCCUUCCUCCCCGGGCUUCGUCGCCUUCGCCUCCGACAUGGUCCAGGUCAGCCCGAGCGUGAGGGAGGAGGACAGGGGCUGCGCUCGCGUGUUCCUCAACACCAUCCUGGCAAACCUCCUGGUCUUCGAGAGCUACGAGCACGCUGUCAAGUACUCCACCGCCAUGAUGCUCCAGAGGAAGCGAGCUGGGCGGCUGGUUGGCCUCGACCGCCCCAACGACGUCAUCGACUCGGACGGAGGGAGAAACGUCAACUUCGGAGGGGAGGAGCUGAGAAUUUGCUUCGGGAUCCUCCCGCUCCGACCCUCCACCUUGGGGAAGGAGCUGCUGCGAGCCAUCGACGAGGGUCGGGCGGUAGUCAAGAAGCUGGAGGAGGUGGUCGACAGCGAUCGGGAAGACAAGCAGUCGAUCGAGGCUGACAGGCAGAAGCUGCGGGAGGUGGACGAGGAGCUGGAGCACAACAGGACAAGCCUCGCCCAGCUCAGCAGCCUCGGGAAGCCCAGGGACGAGGACGUUAGCUGAAGUCCAAACUGCAAUAGACUUGUAAAUAUUGUUAC